AGCUCUCUUCGGAACUUUCAAAAUGAAAUUCUUCUCGUGUCUUUUGGUUCUCGUUGCUUUCGUGGCCUCAGCGAUAUGCGCACCGGUGCAUGAAGGUGAAAGUCGCGUCGUGAGACAGGUGGGAGGAUUCGGUGCUUCCGGAUCCGCAGCGAAUGCUGGUGCUCAGUCGUUCAAUCAAGGCUUUGGUGGUUUCCCGGGACAUGGUGGAUUCGGAGGAUUUUCGGGUUCGGCCGCAUCGGCUGGAAGCCAGUCUUUUACGCAAGGUGGCGGUCACGGUUUUGGCGGAUUUUCCGGAUCGGCUGCUAACGCUGGUGCGCAGUCCUUCUCCCAGGGUGCAGGUGGAUUCCCAGGUUUCGGAGGCGCUAGCGGAUCGGCCGCCAAUGCCGGUUCUCAGUCAUUCGGAGGAUAAGCUCUUCGCUUCAGCAACAUGGCUGUAGCGUUGGCUAAGUAUUAUCGUAAUCGCAAAAUGAACAGCAUCUGUGCUAGGCAAACGUAGAAUUUAUGCAAUUCAGUAACGAUUUGGAAUUACGACAGUCCACUCACAAUCAUUCUUCACUACCUAUCCG